AUGUCCGACCCCAGCGAUCGCAAAUCCUCGCAGCAGGAUUCUUCUCAGCAGCUCAACUACAUUGAUGAUAGCUCUCAGAAAGUGCUGAGCUUCCAGAAUCCGAAUUCGCGGCGUUAUGCUGUUCAUGACGAAAAUGGAGAUGCAACUGGUACCGAGUGGGAGUGGUGGAGUCGCGAGAAUCGUAAGGCCUGGUGGGAUGUCUCUUGGUGGAUCGGCAUUCUCUUUUCCUUCGGCUCUAUGUGUUCCGUUACAGCCGGCGUCUUGCAAUGGCUUCCAAUCGCAUACCCAUCCAUGACAUUCGUCAUCGACCCAUCCAUUAUUGCAGGUGUGAUAGCCUUCAUCCGCGGGAUAGUCUUUCUGUUGGGCGGCAUGCUUCUUGUAGUCGAAGCAGUAAACGCAAACCAAAGCGACUGUUUCGGCUGGGCUUUGAAAGAGGCUUUGAACUCGGAUCAUGAGAACAUCAAAUUUCCUUCUCGGGACGAAGAGCAGAGCACUGGUAGCGGUAUUCAGGCCCGGGAUACUAGGUCAGGUUUUCAGCCCGAUCGCCGAAACUGUACACACAUACACAACCCCGACCGCGUUAAGUACGAGAUCAUGCACACCAAACAUUUCAAAGUCGAAGCCCGGCCAAUGCCUGAAUCCGCGCAAGCGUGGAAAUGGUGGCCCACAUGGCAGGAUGUGCGCGUACAUUACCGUCGCGAAAUCGGCUUCAACGCAAACCUCAUCCUCUUUAUCGGUACGGCCAUUUUCUGGGUCACAAAUCUUCUCACUCUGCCGGGGGUAUAUCAAAGGCUUCCCAGAGGUGUGAUGUACGGGCUCUAUUAUCCUUCUUUCCUCCUAGGAGCCAUCAGUUUCUUGCUGUCAUCAAUACUGUACAUACUAGAAGUCCAGCGCCGAUGGUGGAAGCCCGCGCCCCAUAUGGUGGGGUGGUGGGUUGGUAUGGCGAACCUGGUCGGUAGUGUGGGAUGGAUAUGGAGUGCUUGUCUGGGGUAUUGCGAUGGGAACUGGUGUCAGUACCAGAGUGUUCUGGCUUUGGUCUGGGCACCGGCAGUCUACCUCAUGGGCAGUUUAUUGUUGGUCUACGAGGCUGUGGAGAAAUGGCCAGUCCAUGUCGAUGGGUAGAGAAGAAAGUUUGUCAGUACAA